CUUGUUGUAACCGAAUCCCUGUGAUCGUGUGCGUGUGUGUCUGUUCUCUCUCCUGCUGCGUCAUGUGGACGUUUGUUGUGCUGACGGUGGCGCUGACGGCGGCGGCGGCGACGGCGAUGGAUAUGAAGGAGGCUGUGGCGGAGGCGGAGGCGGAGGCGAGGUACAUCUACAUCAACGCAGAGGCUCCCAUCACCAUAGCCGCCCUUCUGAACGUCCCGAUCUCCCUGGCUCUCCCGUCCCUCAACCUGUUGCGUGGGAGGUCCUUCUCGUCGUCCUGGAGGGCCGAGGAGGAGCUGCAGGACGACCUUGAGCAGCUCUUCGACGACCCGCACUACCUGGUGGAGGCCAACAAGCUCCGGGCCUAUUUCUCCUACCUCAAGUUGGAGAACGAGAAGUGUCGACAGAAGUUCCUGUGCGAGUUGGCGACGGACCCCGAGGCCUUCUUCCCCGCUUCCGACAUCUUUCUCAAGGAACUGCAGCCUUCUCACGGUCCGGUCAAGGAGGACGCCAAGAACCGCUUCUGGCUGUACCAAGAGGCGUCGCGAGCGGGUCUCAUGGGCGGCCGCGGGGAGUGCGUCCGCCUCUUCCCCGCCUGCAGGACGCCCAUCACGGACAUCAUCAACACCAGCGUCCUGAAAGUGUGGCAGUUCAUCGGGAGGAAACUCAACAUCAGCUUCACCGAUAACUAGGAACGCCUUUGGUCGACUCUCGCGAUGCAUUCACACCUUUCAUUAACCGAUAGAAGGUUGAAUUUCAUUUUUUUUUUACGUAUAAACUUUGUGAACUUCAUCAUUCCCCUCUUCUGGAAAUACUUUUGUGAAGUUUUUAUGAAGUAUUUCCGUCAACUUCAGGGCAUUUUAGAAUUAGUACGUGUACUAAAUGGUAAUAAGUAAUUACGUGAGAUUUUCAUACUAUAAAAGUAAGCUUGGAAACUUACUU